GCCGCUAGACUCGCGCAUGCGUAGUCGCGUUGUUUGCAGCACGUGGAAAGAAGCCGAAAUCAGUUGUUUUCGAAAUUCUACCGUAAAAUCCUUUCUUUACACCCUCCGUGAGGCGCUCAGCUGAGAGGAAUCGCUACAUAUACAUCAUGGCAUCAGAAGAAGUUAACCCCAAGGCCUUCCCGUUGGCUGAUCCUCAACUGACAGUCACCAUCCUAGACCUGAUUCAACAGGCCACAAACUACAAGCAACUCCGCAAGGGUGCCAAUGAAGCCACCAAGUGCUUGAACCGCGGCAUUGCAGAGUUCAUCGUCAUGGCUGCUGAUACAGAGCCACUAGAGAUUCUACUACAUCUGCCUCUCCUCUGUGAGGACAAGAAUGUGCCAUAUGUGUUUGUGCGCAGCAAGGCUGCUCUUGGGAGAGCCACUGGCGUCACCAGACCUGUAAUUGCAUGCGCUGUGACAGUUAACGAAGGCUCACAGCUCAAACCUCAAAUCCAGACACUUCAAAAUGCAAUAGAAAAACUCCUCAUUUAACUUAUGCAGACAUUUUCUUUUCUUUGCCAAAAUGUAUGCUGGUAGCUAGUUAUUUUUCAGGGAUGAACAAAAUCCAAACCAGUAAACCAUUUUUUUUUUUUUUUUGUUGGUUUGGAUUUUGUGCCCAUGUCUUGAUUUUUUAAAAAGAAAAUAAAUAAUAGUCUUGAA